AUGGGACAACAGGGAAGAGAUAGGCGUGGUGGUGGUGGUCGCGGCCAAGGACAAUCUCGCGAUGUACAGGUUUCCAAAGCCCUGAGCUUGCUAUUGCGACAUGCUGCCGAAAAGGAAGGCGUGAAGAUGAACGCCCAAGGCUACGCGAAUGUAGCAGACGUGCUUGAAUGGCGAAAGCUCAAGUCCAUCAAAGCUACCUUUGAUGAAAUCAAGCACGCCGUCGACUCCUCCGACAAGAAGCGCUUCGCUCUCCUUCACAUUCCCUCCGCACAACCAACCAAAUCUACAACGAAGGCAACUACGAUACCCACAACUAUCCCGGGGUCCGAGGAACAAACAGAUGGAGAAAUCUCAGCGGGCGGUGAUCAACCAGCCACGUCGGUGCUCGAGGCACCCUCCAGCAACGAGGACCAGGCCAACGCGACACAGCAAGCUCUGGCUUCGACAGAUACCGAGCCAUCAAAUUACAUGAUUCGCGCAACCCAAGGUCACACCAUCAAAACGGUCGAUGCAGCAUCCUUCCUCGAACCACUCACGCUAGCCGACGAGUCCAAGCUCCCCGAUACUGUCGUCCACGGCACAUUCCACGGCGCAUGGCCUCUGAUUCAACAGUCCGGUGGACUCCGGGCAAUGGGUCGACACCACGUACACUUUGCGACGGGCCCUUCACUCGAAUCUGCAAUGGCCUCUUCAGAGACGACGUCACAAGAGAAAGCAAAUGCCAAGCCGGAAACACAGGUCAUUUCGGGUAUGCGGCGGGAUGCUCAAAUCCUGAUUUACCUGGAUAUCAAGAAGGCGCUCGCAGCUGGGUGUCCAUUCUGGCGGAGCGAGAAUGGGGUUAUUCUCAGUGAGGGAUUGCCUGUUUCGGAUGGGAAGACUGAUGCGGAUGGGAAUCCGGUGAAGGUGGUCUCGAUCGAUUUCUUCGAUGUUGUUGUUGAGCGCAAGAUUGGUCUUGGGAAGAUCUGGGAGCGUGGGGAGGUGGUGAAGGAGCUUCCGGAGUAUGCGAUUAAGAAGGGGACGCCUAAGAAUCGGCGGUGA